GGGGUCCGUAUCCUUCGUACCCUCCCAAAUCGAGGUGGUUACAGUUGUCCCUCGGCCCCUCUGGGACUUGGGUGUGCAAUAGGUGCUCAAUAAAAGUGUGUUGAAUGCGUGCAUGGGGGAGCGUCGCCUGUGUUCGCACCUCCUGUGGCCGCUCCACAGUUUCGCGCAGGCGGGGCCCAACCCAGGCCAUCUGGUUGGAAGGAAGCGAGCCGGAGGCUGCCUUUGCCGUAGCAAGUGCACUUUCUACUGAGUGUCUGCUUCGGUUUGGUGAGUUCAAAGAGGAGAUCUCCAGGAGGUUUAAGGCUCAGCAGGAUCAGCUGGUCCUGAUCUUCGCAGGCAAGAUCCUCAAGGACGGGGACACGCUGAGCCAGCACGGGAUCAAGGAUGGGCUCACUGUCCAUCUGGUCAUCAAGACCCCCCAGAAGGCUCAAGAUCCAGCUGCCACCACUGCCUCUUCCCCCUCCACUCCAGACCCUGCCUCCGCACCCUCCACCACGCCCGCCUCACCCGCCGCCCCUGCCCAGCCCUCCACCUCUGGCAGCGCCCCUUCGGAUGCUGGCAGCGGGAGCCGGAGGAGCAGUGGGGGGGGGCCCUCCCCGGGGGCUGGGGAGGGGCCCCCCAGUGCUACUGCGUCCAUACUCUCUGGCUUUGGGGGCCUCCUGGGCCUGGGCAGCUUGGGCCUGGGCUCCGCCAACUUUAUGGAGCUGCAGCAGCAGAUGCAGAGACAGCUGAUGUCCAACCCCGAGAUGCUGUCGCAGAUCAUGGAGGACCCCCUGGUCCAGGACAUGAUGUCUAACCCCGACCUGAUGCGCCACAUGAUCAUGGCCAACCCCCAGAUGCAGCAGCUGAUGGAGCGGAACCCCGAGAUCAGCCACAUGCUCAGCAACCCGGAGCUCAUGCGGCAGACGAUGGAGCUCGCCCGAAAUCCAGCCAUGAUGCAAGAGAUGAUGCGGAACCAGGACCGGGCCCUGAGCAACCUGGAGAGCAUCCCCGGAGGCUACAAUGCCCUCCGCCGCAUGUACACAGACAUCCAAGAGCCGAUGUUCAGCGCUGCCCGGGAGCAGUUUGGCAACAACCCCUUCUCUUCCCUGGCCGGGAACUCCGACAGCUCAUCCUCCCAGCCUCUGCGGACCGAGAACCGAGAGCCCCUCCCUAACCCCUGGAGCCCCUCGCCCCCCACCUCCCAGGCCCCCGGGUCCGGGGGGGAGGGCACCGGAGGAUCGGGGACCAGCCAGGUGCACCCGACAGUCUCCAACCCCUUUGGGAUCAAUGCGGCUAGCCUGGGGUCAGGAGUGUUCAACAGCCCGGAGAUGCAGGCCCUCCUCCAGCAGAUCUCUGAGAACCCCCAGCUGAUGCAGAACGUCAUCUCGGCGCCCUACAUGCGCAGCAUGAUGCAGACGCUGGCCCAGAACCCCGACUUCGCUGCUCAGAUGAUGGUGAACGUGCCGCUCUUUGCGGGGAACCCCCAGCUGCAGGAGCAGCUCCGCCUCCAGCUCCCCGUCUUCCUGCAGCAGAUGCAGAACCCGGAGUCCUUGUCCGUGCUCACCAACCCCCGCGCCAUGCAGGCGCUGCUGCAGAUCCAGCAGGGCCUGCAGACCUUGCAGACCGAGGCCCCGGGGCUGGUACCCAGCCUUGGCUCCUUCGGGAUGUCCCGGCCCCCGGCCGCCCCGGCAGGCAGCGACACCGGAUCCGCGCCCGAGGCCCCCACCUCCUCGCCUGCACCCACCGCCGCGCCUCCUCCCGCAGGGGCUCCCAGUGCCCAGCAGCACCUCAUGCAGCAGAUGGUCCAGCUGUUGGCCGGGGGUGGGAACUCCCAGGUGCAGACGCCGGAAGUGAGGUUCCAGCAGCAGCUCGAGCAGCUCAACUCCAUGGGCUUCAUCAACCGGGAGGCCAACCUGCAGGCCCUGAUCGCCACAGGAGGGGACGUCAACGCAGCCAUCGAGAGACUCCUGGGCUCCCAGCUCUCCUAACCCCCCGUUCGCGCCUCCUGCGUCUCCGUUCGCUGGACGCCAGCGCCUGGCCCCUCCAUCGGCCCCCGCCCUCUGCCUGUCACCCCGUCUGCUCCCCUGUCUGCUCCAGACAGCAGGCGACUGGAGGGGCACAGCCUCGCCCUGGUGCCCCGCGGAUUUGGGGUUUACUCGUACAUCUGCGGGGUCGUUGCUCCGGGUCCCCCCCCAGCACGGCCGUUCAAGUUUUCACAGUGUCGCCGGCCGGCCCCAGCUACCGGCCCCACCGCCGCCUGGCACAGCCUGCAGACUUCCCGGUGGCGGUGCAGGGCGGGAGGAGUGACUGGGGCGGGGUUCCCCGAGUGUGGGGCUAGGGCUCCGCUUGUGCGUGGGGUUACUUGUGGUGACUCCUCUCUCCCCUGCUCCUCCACCUGCAGCCUCACCCCUGCUAGGACCACACCCUUCCAAGCUGGGGCGGAGAGGGGGGGACAAGCUCUCUUCUCCGUCCCUCCCCCCCAUUCCGGUCCCUUCAUCCAGGCUUCGUUGGGAUGUUGUGGGAGAGGAAGAUGCCCGUUUUCCCCGUUGGAAGGGGGACACGAGACACGGCCCUCUGACCAAGGAGCCGAGCCCUGGACCGGCCCAGUGGAAUGGGUGCAAAGGAGGGAUGAGAGUUUCUGGAGGAGGGGGUGGGAAAACGACCCGAAUCAAAGGCUCAGAAGCUGGAACACACUUUGGGGGAUGAAGCCCCGCAGAGGCCCUUGGUCGGGGGUCCAGGCUCAGGCCUGGCAGAAGGGCCUAGAGAUGCUAACGGAACUGCAGCUGCAGGAGGGGCUCCGUGACGCCUGGGGGCUCCUGCCGUCCCGGUGUCCAGGACCCACCUGCGUCUCCAGGUACCGGGGCUUCGGUCCCGGUCACGAGACAUGAAGGGACUGGGGGCUGUCCUGGCGGCGGGUGUGUGUGUGCGGCAGGUGCACGCGCACACACGUGAGUGGCGCGGGGCGGCGGAUUCCGUGUUGGUUCCUGGUUCUGCGCUGUCUCCCUCCAGAGAGGGAGGCGGGAGGGCUGAUCCAGGGCAGGAGUGCACCGGGCCAGGCAGCCGGGGCCUGGGGCCUGGCGGGGAACAGGAGGGCUCCCUCGGCAGCCCCUGGCCUUCGGCUCCUGCACUGUUUCCUUCCAGGCCAGAGAGUUCUGUCCGGAAGGGAAGGAGAGGGCUCGGCGAUGCCGUUGGUGCGGAAUUGGACGUUGCUCUCUCUCUCUCUGCCAGCGCGCAGGGGGCAGGGGGGGGCUCUGGCGCCCCUUCUCCCCGCAGCCUCACGCCGCUCAGAGGACCGGCUGAGAAUGUGGAGGCGCCACAUUUUCUCCAAGUGGGAAGGUGACCUACUCGAUCCAGAGAGGGUGUCCGUGUGGCUUCCACCUCCCGUCCUCCCCAGCGUCCACACUGGCCUUUGUAAAUAAACGACGUGGCCCUUAUUGU